UAAGAUUAAGAGAAUAGGGAACUGUAGAGUUGCCUUUGCAGGAGGGGAAAGCAUUAUGGUGAGUCUACAAACUCAGUGGUCCCUCCCUCAUGAGUCAAGACCCAUCCACGUAAAUAAGAACCCAACGCCACACUCUGGUGCGUCCUCUUCUCUUAAAUGCCCUCUUUUCCUUCUUUCUCUAUAAACACACAACCAAAACAUGAUGGUUUUGGGAGAACUUGUCUGAGUUCCCAACUUUCAAUGCGGCUGCUAUCAUCUGAACCUCAACUUAACUCUACAUGUAAGUCCCAAAGCUGCAGCUGGAAGCCUUACUCCCAUCCCAAUGACUUUGCUGCCAACGCCUCUAUCCUUCUCAUCAUCAUCUUCUCAUCUCUCAUCUGCGUCCUCUCUCUCCAGGCUGCCUUACGUUGUUGCCUCCGUCCAGUCAUCCAGCAUGACCCUAAACCCGACCCUGACCCUGAGGUCUCUCGUUCAGAAGCUUUCCCGGUACUUGUUUACUCCCCUGGGCUGAACCUGGCAGGCACUGAAGCAGAGUGUAUCAUUUGCUUGUCUGAAUUCAAGGACGGUGACACCCUCCGCGUGUUGGAUAGAUGCAAACAUGGGUUCCACGUUCACUGUAUCCAGCAGUGGUUCUCCUCCAACCGUUCUUGUCCCACUUGCCGUACAGACAUCUUCUCACCAACCGGAACUCCUUAGUCAGAUGCCCUCAUGGUCAAUACAGCUUCCUGGUUUUGACUACGUUUUCCUUUUUAUUUUCUUUCCCAAACAACUCACACCUCUAUCAUGUUUUUCCAAGCUAGUUUAUUUGUUACCUUUUGUUGUUUUAUGUUCCAUGAAAUCAUAAACACACAAAAGAGAAACCGAUAUAAAGUCA